AUGAUGUUGCGGAAGGCUGCGCAGCGCGUCGUGCAGCUCCGGGCGGGCGCCUACGGCGUGCGGGCCGCAUCGAACUUUGCCGCAGGCGCGAAGGUCGACGACCCCGAGCCGUUCAACCCGUUCGAGGUGCAACCGGGAUGCCUGCAGCCCGGACUGCCGGCCACGGAGUUCCAGCAGCGCCGCGCCAAGCUGUUCGCCACCAUGCCCGACAACUCGGCGCUCAUCGCCAACGCGGCCGAGGUCAAGUACAUGACCCACGACAUCCCGUGGGAGUUCCACCAGAACAGCAACUUCAUGUACCUCACGGGGCUCGAGGAGCCGGACGCCCACGCCGUGCUGCUCAAGACCCAGAACAAGUGCUCCUUCGUGCUCUUCGUGCGUCCUCGCGACCCGCACAGCGAGCAGUGGGAUGGCGCUCGGAUCGGACUGGACGGAGCCAAAGAUCGGUACUUGGCGGACGACGCGUUCCAGCUCACGGACCUUGCUCCGGCAAUGAACAAGCUGAUUUCUGGAGUGGACAAGGUGUUUGUGCUCAAGCCUGAUGGUGGACGAUACUCGCCCAGCUUUGUGGAGGCGACGCAGGGCUUCCACAGCAAGUUCUUCGCGGGAGACUUCUUGGUGGAGCAGCUGCGUGUGGUCAAGUCGGAGAACGAGCUGAACCGCAUGCGAUUUGCAGCGGACAUUGGUGCGCAGGGAUUUAUUGACAUGAUGAAGAACACGCGGCCAGGGAUGUCGGAGUUGGCGCUGGGGUCGGUGUUUGAGGGCUCUAUCAAGAAGAACGGUGCACUGUGGAAUGCGUUCCCGAACGUUGUCGGUUCGGGGUCUAAUGCUGCUGUGAUCCACUACUUGGCGAAGCGCGAUUUGCUCCGUGCGCACGACUUGGUGCUGGUUGACUCGGGAUGCGAGGUUGCUGGUGGCUACGCCAGUGACAUCACCCGCACGUGGCCUGUGGGAGGAAAGCUGUCGUCCGGACAGACCACCAUGUACGAGUUCGUGCUGGACGUGCAGAAGAAAUGCAUCGACCACUUGAGAACCAAGAUCGAAGCCAAGGAGUCCAUCACUCUGAACGAGCUGCACGAUUACUCCGUGGAACUCAUGAUGAAGCGGAUGCUUGAUUUUGGCAUUUUGACGAACAAGGGCGGCCCCUUCUCGCGUUCUGCGAUUCGCGAGUUUCAGAAAUACAACCCGACGCACAUCGGCCACUAUCUGGGCAUGGAUACCCACGACACGCCCCACGUUACGCGCGGCGCGCCGUUGGUACCUGGCAUGGUAGUCACUGUGGAGCCGGGUAUUUACUUGCCGAAGAACGAUAUUAAUCUGCCCGAGGAAUUCCGUGGUAUUGGUAUUCGUAUCGAGGAUGACGUUGUGAUCACGGAGUCUGGGAUAGAAAUCACGACAUCCAAGGUGCCGAAGGAGCUGCAAGAGAUGGAGGCGUUGCGUUUCGAGUAG